AUGAGUGGUCUGACGUCUGAUGUACUCACUGGCUCAUGGGCUGUAGACGAGGAGCACCGCGAGUGCCGGAAAGAAUACUCAGAUUCCAAUGAUCUAUGCAAUCAGACCGGAGAUAACCUCAUACGGAGCCGAAGAGUCUCGAACUUGGCCGUCUCUAUAGGCUCAAUUACCCCCGCUGUCGAGCAGAAUGUCUCAGGGUCUGUAAGAUGGGCAACCAGCUCAAUGCGUGCUCCAGAUCACCGUCAGAGUGGAGUUAUCCGAGUCAUUGACUUGGUGUCAGACCUGGUGCAUUCCGGAUUACCAGAUUGGGAAGUCUUCCGGACCUUCCGGGCGACGGGAUUGGUCAAUUGUAUAUCAGCAAUGCACAUCCGCUUUGAUGUUCCACCCUGUUUAGCUUCUAGGUUGGCUUUGGCGAUAGCGGAUGAACACACCCAUCAGUUCUGGAAGGGGCCGUCCAGCCUCACAAAACCAACCUCGUCACGAAUAGUACAAGGUGGGUUUCCGAUUAUGAAAAUCUUAGAUUUGAACGAUCGGGUUGAGACCAGCGUAGACGAAGCUGAUGUCAGCAUCAGCAAGUCCCACUCCAAUUGGUCCCUACACUAUAACUCCCGCUUCUCCUUUCAGCAUCUCCGGAACCUCGCAUCCUUCAAGGCUACGCCAAUCAAAGUCCACGAAGCUUACUUCAUGAUGCCCUUUCUAUAUCCUAUCCCCGCGUAA